AGGGGCAGAAGCACCCUCCCGGGGGCAGAGGCACCCGGACGGCCGGGACCCGCGGUCACCCCGUCCCUUGGGGCCGCAGCUUCCCCCGAGGGGGUGCGCGGAGCCCCCGAGCCCCGCGGCGAGCAGGGCAGAGCAACGCAACGCCGGACGGGCACGCAAUGCCCCGGGGGGCGGGGAGGGGACUGAGCCCAGCCCGUGCCGGCCCUUACCGGGGGGCGCAGCGCCCGGGACACCCGGGGACCGCCCGUUGGGGGCUGCGGGUCCCCCGCAGGCCGGGCACUGCAGGGUCGGGGCCGCCCGCCGCUGGUCCGGAGCGGGCGCUGGCCAACGCGGCGGGUGCUCCGCAGCCCAGCGAGAGUUAACGGCGGAGCCGCCUCUCCAUUGGCGGCCGGCGGAGCGGCUGCGGAGCCCGCGUUUAUAACCGGCGCACGGGGCGCCGCAGCCCUCCGCCGGCACCGCGGCUCGGCUCCAUGCCGCGGCGGCCGGCAUGCCCGGCAUGCCCAGCCUGCUGCCGCCCUUCCUCGCCCUACUCUGCUUCGGGGCGCCGGCGCCCGCUGAGGGCGCCGCCGCCCGCCGCCGCGGGGCCGGCGCCGCCCGCCUCGCCGCGGCGGGCCGAAGCCGAGGCCGGGGCCGAGGCGGCGGAGGAGCCGUGGUGUCCCUACAAGGUGGGGACCGAGGGCUCGGCGGGCGGGCGGCUUUGCUUCCGCACGCCGGCCCGCGGCUUCCAGUGCGCGGCGCGGGCCUGCCGCGCCCACCGGUCGCCGGGCGGCGCCCUGGUAGCGAACGUGCUGCGCAACGGCAGCGUGCUGCUGCAGUGGGGGCCGCCGCGCCCCGCCGCCGGCCUCCGCGGCUUCGCGCUCAACUGCUCCUGGGACGGCACCUACACGCGCUUCCCCUGCGACAGCGUGGAGCUGGGCGCCGCCUGCCGCGACUACCUGCUGCCCGAGGCGCACGGCAGCGUGCGCUACCGCCUCUGCCUGCAGCCGCGCUACGCUCCGUCGCGCCCCGCGCCGCCCGCCCAGUGCGUGGAGUUCCGCGUGGAGCCGGCCGCCAUGCGGGAUAUCGUCGUCGCCAUGACGGCCGUGGGGGGCUCCAUCUGCGUCAUGCUCGUCUUCAUCUGCCUCCUGGUGGCCUACAUCACCGAGAACCUCAUGAGCCCGGCCCUCGCCGGGGCCGCGGGCGCCGCAGCUCCUCGCCGCGCCUAGCCUUCAGCGCUGCCCGCCGGGGCCCGGGUGCGCCGCGGAAGCGGAGCGGGACCGGACCGGGCCGCGCCGCCAACUCGGCCGGCUCUGGGCUGCGCUGCGCUGGGCCCCGCCCCGGGCGGGGAGGGCACUCCGGAGCCAGUCCCGGGGUGCCGGUACGGCAGCGGCGGCUUCCCCGGUUCCCUUGCCAGACCGCUUCUUGCAGCGCGCCCCACGCCGGCUUUGUGGCUCUUUCAGGGGAGGAGGAGGAGGAGAGGUUCUCCAAACUGUUCUCGCAGCGGUGUUGCCCAGGGCCUCGUGUGAAGCAUUGGGUGUCUUGGGUUUGCUUUUCCCAAACUUCCAGCAUUUGGGGUUUCCUCAGUAUUUGGAGCUCUUCUUCCUCCUGGGGUGGGUUUUCAGCCUGAGCCGUGCGUGGUUACUGAACUCGCGGGAUCUCAGUGGACUAGAAGUAAAUAAUGGCAAGGGCCCACAAGUGCCAGAAAAAUGUCUGUUUUAAAAGCAAGCGACAGAUCUUACAGAGGGCCUGUUUGAGAAGACUCUCCAGAACACCCUUAUUUUAAGCCUAUGCCUAAACCCCCUUGCUCUUAGAUGUGUGCUUGAAUUUUUCCCUGAGGGGAGAUGUUGUUUAAAUUCUGCGGGAGAACAGACCGCUGGAACCACAAAACCCAUAGCUAAGAGUGUCUUUGAUCCAAAGCCCACCUAAAUCUCGUGACUUAAGUGGGUUUUGUAUCGUGCCUUAUGCUGUUGACAAAUUCUGGGACCUAGACUGGCUGCUGUCCAAAAAAAUGGGUUUUCUGGUCAGGUCAAGUGACCAUCAACAUCCUACACCGACCGAACCUGCUUUUCUCCCUUUAGAACUGUUGUUAUCGGUAGUUUCCACCAAGAGCAAUGCUAAAGGGACAAAUUUAGUAUGAAAUUUCCAUUUCGUUGUGCCAAUAUGAACCAAUCCUUAAUUAUAAAAUAAGUACAAUGUAAAUGAGCACCAUCACUGCCCUCUGAAAUCCCAGCUUUAGGAAUGCCGUGUGCAGCUACACUUAAGGUAAAAGCGUCUUAAACACAGAACUCACUGAUGUUGUAGCCAGGUGUUUUGAGCAUAGGAACACUCCUUGUUAACUGCUCACUCAAUGCUGUAGUAAGUAAGGUUUUAGCCAUAUUCUAGUAUUAAUUCUAUUGUGCCUUAGUGCUGAGAAUUUGUCCCAUUUAUAUUGGUGUAUCUGUUCUUGUAGUCUUCACAGACAACUGCAUCUCCCCUAGUGUUUUUGUCUCUGAAACUAGUGGUUGUUGGUUUGUUUGUUCGGUUGGUUGUUUGUUUUUUUUUAAAACAAACUUAGGCUGAUCAUUACUUGAACUUUAAUAUGUACACAAAAUAGAGUCAGUUACCAUCUGAGAGGUAUUUAUUUAGUGAGCUAGUUUUUAUUUAGUGUUGUUUGUAUGUAGUUGACUGCCGUAACAAAAAAAUGACUUUAUAUCACUUAAACUGAGCACCUAAAGCAAAAGUAGGGGAACAGCUCUUCUGUAAAGGGGUAUUGCUAUUAAAAUAACAUCCGUUUCCUGUGUGAUCUGUUUGUGUAAAUGUUUAUGACUGGUGAAUGACCCGUAUGCUUUUCUUUGUGAAAAUAGUUUGUGAAGUGUAAACUUGCUAGUAGAGGGUAAAUAUAGAAAGUAUAUGGAAACCUUAAUAAAAUCUAGUAUUUGUACUAAUCAUAAUCCCUUCAAUAAUUUGAGAGUGGCUGAGAAACUGAAGGUCUAUAUUUCAUCAGGCAGAAAUACCUUUUAUUUGUUUGUUAUUCUUGCUUUGUUUUCUUUCUCACAUGCAGCUGACUCUAAAUUUAACAGUGUUCUCUUUUUUAUUAACUUGCCAAUGUACUUGAUUUAAGCAGCCUGACAAUAUCUGGCAUCGCAGUAACAGAAAGAUGGUGUCAUUCAUUGAUGUUGAAGGACGAUGUCGUAAUUUUUCUUAUUUUAUCCCUCAGGAGAUUGACUGCUCCAAGAAAAGGCAAUCUGUUUUUAAGAACAUUAAGACAAAUUGUAUGCAGUGGUGUUUAAUUCAGUGAAUUUAAACACAGAGUAAAUUUGGGUUAAAGGUCUUUUAAAGGUUUCAAGUCAGUCUUGCCUGUAGCCAGUUCUGCACAGGACUACUAGAGUGGCACUGAUUUUGUAUAUCUCUGUCAGCUUCUGUCAACCAGCGUUACUGUUUUGUUCUUCAUCUUGUCGUGAAUUGCCAGAUGUGAAAAGUAAAUGUACAAAUAAUGAGCCUUGUACCACCUUGGCAUUGACCUUAAUAAAUUAAGAGAAUAAUGAAAAGAAAG